AUGCAAAAGAGCUUCUUCCUCCUCAUCACUCUGGUUGGCUUAUCGGUAGCAACCGCUUCUCCUGAUGCAGAAGAACCUAAGAGCUUGAAGAAGCGUGCCACCUACAUUGAUUUGUUUAAAGAUGAGGGGCCGGCUCCGGCGCCGGAAGAGGAUGUAGAAGAGUAUAAGGAGAAGAAGCGUGCCACCUACAUCGAUUUGUUCAAGGAUGAAGGGCCAGCUCCUGCACCAGAAGAAGAGGAAGGUGAGACGAAAGAAAAGAAGCGCGCAACAUACAUCGAUUUGUUCAAAGAUGAGGGGCCCGCACCCGCGCCGGAAGAAGAGGGCGAGAUGAAGGAGAAGAAGCGUGCCACCUAUAUUGACUUAUUCAAAGACGAGGGGCCUGCACCCGCUCCUGAAGAGGAAGCCGAGAGUAAGAAAUGA